AUUUAUUAUUAUGCCUAAUUCAUUGAAAUACUUAGUUAUUUAUCGUCAGGACACUGAAAAAUUGAUUGCAUCUUAUCUUAUUGAAUCUGGAAGUGAAGAAUUAUUUAAGAAUGAAUCCUCUAAAGUAUGUUUAGAAUUGAAGAGGAAUCAACUUAGAAUUGAGGAAAGAUAGAAAGUCGAUUCUGCAAAUGGCAGUUGGUUCUGCAAAAUUGAUGAUAAAGGUCUAUUCUAUCUCAUUUUAGGAAGUAUAUCAAUCAAUCAUUAUAUAAGUCUCCACCUAUCCAGAAAGACAUGCUUAUGCACUUAUCUAAGAAAUUUAAACUGAAUUCUCUAAAUUGGGAAAUGACUCAUUUAGAGAUGAUGCCAGUCUUAAAUUACACAUCAAAAAACCACUUAAAGAUUUAGGAUUGAAAUACAAUGAUUUAGUUUCAUUGGAUAAAAUAUAUUAAGCACAAUAAAAUGUUUGAUCUUAUUCUAUAAUUAGGUAGAUCAAACUAAAAUAGUCAUGGAAGACAAUAUUAAAUCAAUGAUUAAUAAUGGUUAGUAAUUGGAUGUCCUUUCAAUCAAAGCUGAAGAUCUUAACAAGAAUGCUAAGUCAUUUGCAAAAAAUGCUAAUGAAUUAGUACAAUUUAUCAUAUUUAACUUAGGCCUAAAUUAUGUAUUGGAGAAAUAUGAAAUUAAAGAUUAUCAUUGGAUUGAUCAUCUUGGCAGGACUUUUGUAUAUUAUUGUACCUAUUAUAAUAAAAGUCAGUGCCUCUAAUUGAAUAAUUGCAAAUUAUGU